AUGGAACAGCAGAAACAAAAGUUUUGGACAGUAAAUUCUGUCUGUCUCCAGCAUCGAACAGCUUCCACGAUAUUGCUGGUUUUGGCCCUACUGUCUCUGGAAUUUCAUGAUGCUUCUCUCAUCAACACAUUCCAUGCUGAGCAAAGAGACUGGACUUUUGGUCAUCUGACUGUGCAUCGGAGUACAGGGGCAGUGUACUUGGGAGCAGUAAAUCGGAUAUAUAAGCUAUCAGGAAACUUGACGCUCUUGGUAUCACACACUACAGGUCCUGGAGAGGACAACAAAUCAUGCUACCCCCCUCAAAAUGUCCAGCCAUGUAGUGAACCACGCACACUAACCAACAAUGUAAACAAACUGCUGAUUAUUGAUUAUUCAGAGAACCGAUUGUUGGCUUGUGGAAGUCUGUACCAAGGUGUAUGUAAACUGCUCCGUCUUGAUGAUCUUUUUAUUCUGGUAGAACCAUCUCAUAAGAAGGAGCACUACCUCUCUAGUGUCAACGAGACCGGAACAAUGUAUGGUGUGAUUGUUCAGACUGAAGGACAGGAUGGUAAACUGUUUAUUGGAACUGCAGUAGAUGGCAAACAAGAUUAUUUUCCUACGCUUUCAAGUCGGAAGUUACCCAGGGACCCAGAAUCUUCUCAUAUGUUGGAUUAUGAACUGUACAGUGACUUUGUGUCAUCGCUCAUAAAGAUUCCAUCAGAUACUCUCGCCUUGGUCUCCCACUUUGAUAUAUUUUAUAUUUAUGGCUUUGAGAGUGGCAACUAUGUUUAUUUUCUCACUGUGCAACCAGAAACUCCAGAAGGAAUAUCUAGCAAUUCUGCAAAUGAUUUAUUCUACACUUCACGAAUUGUAAGGUUAUGUAAAAAUGACCCAAAAUUUCACUCCUAUGUUUCUUUACCAAUUGGAUGUACCAAGAAUGGGGCAGAAUACAGGCUUUUGCAAGCGGCGUACCUUACCAAACCAGGUGCCACACUAGCCAAGUCUCUGAAAGUUUCGGUUCAGGACGAUGUACUUUUUGCUAUAUUCUCAAAAGGCCAAAAGCAGUAUCACAAUCCACCUGAUGACUCCACUCUCUGCAUUUUUCCAAUCAAGACUAUUAAUGCACUUAUUAAAGAAAGACUACAGUCCUGUUAUCAAGGGGAAGGAAAUCUGGAGCUAAACUGGCUUCUAGGCAAAGAUGUGCAGUGUACAAAAGCUCCAGUACCCAUUGAUGACAAUUUCUGUGGUCUGGAUAUUAACCAACCCUUGGGUGGACUAAAUGUGGUGGAAGGAGUUACAUUGUAUACAGAAAGCAGAGACAGGAUGACCUCUCUGACCUCCUACAUCUACAACAAUUACAGCGUGGUGUUUGUGGGGACCAAAGGUGGAAGGAUUAAAAAGAUUCGUGCAGAUGGUCCUCCGUAUGGUGGCAUUCAGUAUGAAGUGGUACCUGUGAUGAGAGAUGGAAGUCCCAUUUUAAGAGACAUGGCUUUUUCUUCUGACAACAAAUACCUUUAUGUCAUGUCGGAGAGGCAGGUGUCCAGAGUUCCUGUGGAGUUGUGUGAGCAAUAUACAACAUGUAGGGAGUGCUUGAGUUCUGGGGAUCCUCAUUGUGGCUGGUGUGUGUUGAAUAACAUGUGUUCUCGGAAGGAUAAAUGUGAACGAGCAGGGGAACCUUCCCGAUUUGCAGCUAAUAUAGAUCGAUGUGUUAAGGUUACCGUAAACCCCAACAGCCUUCCGGUUUCUGAGCACAGCCUUCCGCUCACUCUGGAAGUUACUGAUGUUCCAGAUCUGUCUUUUGGUGUAACUUGCUCAUUUGGCAACAUUACUCAGGUCGAGGGGAAAGUGUCUGGCAAUAAAAUUGUCUGUAUUUCACCCUCUUCAAAAGAUGUACCCAUCAUUCCUGCAGAUCAAGACUGGUAUGGUGUGGAGCUUCAGCUGAUCUCCAAAGAGACUGGAAAGAUUUUUGUGAGCACGGACUUCAAAUUCUACAACUGCAGUGGUCAUCAACUGUGCUUGUCCUGUGUGAAUAGUGCAUUUCGCUGCCACUGGUGCAAAUACCGCAAUCUCUGCACUCAUGAUCCAACCACAUGCUCCUUUCAGGAAGGCCGGGUCAACGUCUCUGAGGAUUGCCCACAGCUGGUACCCACAGAAGAGAUCUUGAUCCCGGUUGGGGAAGUAAAGCCGAUCACCCUUAAGGCCAGAAACCUGCCCCAACCACAGUCAGGUCAGAGGGGUUAUGAGUGUGUUCUAAACAUACAGGGUGUGAUGCAUAGGAUGCCAGCUCUGCGCUUCAACAGCUCCAGUGUCCAGUGCCAGAAUAGUUCGUAUUUUUAUGAAGGAAUGGAUAUCAGUGACCUGCCUGUUGUUUUCUCAGUCGUCUGGAAUGGAAACUUUAUCAUUGACAACCCUCAUGGUAUCAAAGUUCAGCUGUACAAAUGUUCAGCUCAGAGAGAAAGCUGUGGUCUCUGCCUGAAAGCUGAUCAUAAAUAUGAGUGUGGAUGGUGCAGUGCGGAGGGGCGCUGUACCUUACAGCAUCACUGUACAUCUUACCAAAACCAAUGGCUGGACUGGUCCAGUAGGAAUGUCAAGUGCACCAACCCACGCAUUACUGAGAUCCUCACUGUAUCUGGACCACCUGAAGGAGGCACUCUAGUGACAAUCCGUGGAGCGAAUCUUGGAUUGGACUUCUCUGAGAUUGCUCACAAGGUGCUGGUAGCUGGAGUACAGUGCACACCAGUGCAGGAGGAAUACAUUAUCGCAGAACAGAUUGUAUGUGAAAUGGGUCCCGCUCCACCUGCAUUCAGCUCUGGACCAGUGCUUCUUUGUGUUGGAGAAUGUAAACCAGAGUUCAUGGCACGAUCCUUGCAGCAGUACAGCUUUGUGAAUCCAACUGUCUCCCAUCUUAGUCCAAGCCGGGGUCCUGAAUCCGGGGGUACCAUGAUAACAAUAACAGGCCACAAUCUUGGUGCUGGUAGUACUGUUUCCAUUCGUUUUGGAAACCAAACUUGUGAAUUCUAUGGGAGGUCACUUAACGAAAUUGUUUGUGUGUCUGCUCCAUCGGCAUAUGGUGUGGGUCCAGUUCAUGUGUUUGUCAGCGUGGACAGAGCUCAGAUCGAGAGCAACCUGCAGUUUGAAUACAUUGAUGACCCCAAAGUCUUCCGCAUUGAACCCGAGUGGAGCAUUGCCAGCGGUCACACAUCCCUUACAAUUACUGGUACCAACCUUGAUAUCAUACAAGAGCCAAGAAUUCGAGUGAAGUACAAUGGCAAGGAAUCUGUAAAUGUGUGUAAGAUCGCUAAUGCCUCUUCUCUGAUGUGCUGGGCUCCUGCCCUUACUCCAGAGUAUCGCCCCGGACUGGAUGCUGUGGAAAGACCAGAUGAGUUUGGAUUCAUCUUUAAUAAUGUGCAGUCACUACUGAUCUACAAUAAUACCAAAUUUAUCUAUUACCCCAACCCAACAUUUGAGGUUCUCAGCGCUACAGGCAUUCUUGAGCAAAAGCCCGGCACUCCAAUUAUACUAAAGGGUAAGAAUCUGUGUCCACCUGCAACAGGAGGAGUGAAGCUGAAUUACACUGUUCUGAUUGGAGACACACCAUGUGAUGUCACUGUUUCCGAAACUCAGCUUCUCUGCGAGUCACCUAAUCUUACUGGCCAACAUAAAGUGACUGUCCAUGUUGGAGGCAUGGUGUUUUCACCUGGUUCCAUCAAUGUGUUAUCAGACAGCCUCCUAACUCUUCCUGCUAUUGUGAGCAUAGCUGCUGGUGGAAGUCUUCUUCUUAUCAUUGUCAUUAUUGUGUUAAUUGCCUACAAACGCAAGUCUAGAGAGAAUGACUUAACCUUGAAGAGACUGCAGAUGCAGAUGGACAACCUAGAGUCACGGGUGGCUCUGGAAUGCAAAGAAGCUUUUGCAGAGCUGCAGACUGACAUCAAUGAAUUAACCAGUGACUUGGAUCGCUCAGGAAUCCCUUACCUGGAUUAUCGUACCUAUGCAAUGCGAGUGCUAUUCCCUGGCAUAGAAGAGCACCCUGUUCUUCGGGAAUUAGAGGUGCAAGGCAAAGGCCAACAGAGUGUGGAGAAAGCUUUGAAUCUCUUUGCUCAGUUGAUCAACAACAAGAUUUUCCUGCUAACUUUUAUCCGCACUUUAGAGAUGCAGCGUAGUUUUUCAAUGCGUGACAGGGGGAAUGUAGCAUCACUGAUCAUGACUGUUCUACAAGGAAAGCUGGAAUAUGCUACAGAUGUUUUGAAACAGCUACUCUCUGACCUAAUUGAGAAGAACUUAGAAAACAAAAAUCACCCCAAGCUUCUGUUACGCAGGACUGAGUCUGUAGCAGAAAAGAUGCUGACUAACUGGUUUGCUUUCCUUCUACACAAGUUUCUCAAGGAGUGUGCUGGGGAGCCCCUGUUCAUGUUGCACUGUGCAAUCAAGCAACAAAUGGAGAAAGGACCUAUUGAUUCCAUCACUGGAGAAGCUCGCUACUCACUUAGUGAAGAUAAACUAAUUCGACAGCAGAUUGAGUACAAAACACUGAUUUUAAAUUGUGUGAACCCCGACAAUGAGAACAGCCCAGAGAUUCCUGUGAAAGUCUUAAACUGUGACACUAUCACUCAAGUCAAGGAAAAGAUCUUGGAUGCUGUAUAUAAAAAUGUACCAUAUUCUCAGAGGCCAAGAGCAGUAGAUAUGGACUUGGAGUGGAGACAAGGGCGGAUCGCAAGAGUUGUUCUACAAGAUGAAGAUAUAACAACUAAGAUAGAAGGUGACUGGAAGAGGCUUAACACCCUUGUGCACUACCAGGUCUCAGAUCGGUCAGUGGUGGCACUGGUUCCCAAACAAACCUCUUCAUACAAUAUCCCAGCUUCAGCUAGCAUAUCACGGACCUCAAUCAGCAGAUAUGACUCCACAUUCCGAUAUACUGGCAGUCCUGAUAGCCUCCGCUCUCGUGCUCCUAUGAUAACUCCAGAUCUAGAGAGUGGUGUCAAAGUUUGGCAUCUGGUAAAAAACCAUGAACAUGGAGAUCAGAAGGAGGGUGACCGAGGGAGCAAGAUGGUGUCGGAAAUUUAUCUGACACGGCUUCUGGCCACUAAGGGAACGCUGCAGAAAUUUGUGGAUGAUCUAUUUGAAACAUUGUUCAGUACAGUGCAUCGUGGGAGUGCCCUGCCUCUUGCCAUCAAGUAUAUGUUUGACUUCCUAGAUGAACAGGCAGACAGACAUGGCAUCUAUGAUACUGAUGUAAGACACACGUGGAAAAGCAACUGCCUACCACUUCGUUUUUGGGUGAAUGUCAUUAAGAACCCUCAGUUUGUGUUUGACAUACACAAGGGUAGCAUCACAGAUGCCUGCCUAUCCGUUGUGGCACAGACAUUCAUGGACUCUUGUUCCACCUCGGAGCAUCGGCUUGGAAAAGAUUCCCCCAGCAACAAGCUGCUGUAUGCCAAGGAUAUUCCAAAUUACAAGAACUGGGUUGAAAGGUAUUAUGCUGACAUUGCCAAGCUCCCUGCCAUUAGUGAUCAAGAUAUGAAUGCCUACCUCGCAGAGCAAUCUCGUAUGCAUGCAUCAGAGUUUAACAUGCUAAGCGCAUUAAGCGAGAUCUACUCUUAUGUCACUAAAUACAGUGUGGAGCUAAUCACAGCCUUGGAAGAAGAUGAACAGGGGCGACGACACCGCUUAGCAUACAAAGUAGAGCAACUCAUAGUGUCCAUGAGUUUUGACAGCUGAAUUAUAGCGCAACCUUACAUCCACAGAAUGGAGACAGACUCCUGGCAAAGACUUGGAUAUAGAGCUGCAGGGUUC